UAGACUUUAUAUUCAGUCCAGCACUAAACUCAGAAAUGAACACUCGCCUUCUUUUCUUAGCUUUAGUCCUUCCUCUUGGAGUCUUCAAGGCAACAUCAGCUGUGGAGACAACCACAGCUACAACUACAACUUCUUGCUGCCCUAAGAAGAUCAUAUCUGGUGAUGGGGAUAGCCGUUCAGGAACCUACACUUUUAACACUACUAUGGAUGUUAGCACCCUUCCAGGAGAGUGCAAGGAUGGAUGCAUCUACACCAAGAUGGGUUUAGACGAGUUGUUCUGUUUUGCUCCUGGAAAUCUGACAUCAGAAUGUGUAGUUUUAACAGCAAUAAGCUUUGCCGUGAAUAGUAGUCCAAAAGGGGUUGGAAGUUAUCCUUGCACCAAUGAAAUAACAGCCUCUUUCAACACCCUAUCUGUUUUCAUUGUAUUGGAUGAAGAAAUAAUAUCAUGUGGAGGACAAGACCAAAGUGGAAGUAUGAGUGGUAGUUGUCAAGUAUGGCGGAAUAAGACGUGGCAAACCUUCCCACCCUUGAAUCAGGAACGGAGUGUGUUUGCAAUGAACACUUUUCAAGACACAAUAGUUGUCAGCGGAGGGUUAACUGUCGGAUCAAAAACAACGAGCAGUAUGGAGAUUUAUAAUAAAACGGCAGAAAAAUGGGAAACGCUUACUGAUGGUUUAAGUUUAUCUAGAAGCUUCCACUGCGCUGUUGAUAUUGGUGGAAAAAUGUUGAUUAUUGGUGGACAACAUGACGAAGAAACAUUUUUAUCAAAAGUGGAACAAUAUACAAUAAACCUAGAUACAUCUAAAGCUAUUUAUGAAACUAAAGCAGAUAUGCUGAAACCUAGAUAUGUUAUGGGGUGCACUGUCUUUGAGAACAAUGUGUAUGUUUCUGCUAUUACAGAAAAUACUGUUGAUAUUUAUGAUGUUGAUACGGAUGUUUGGAAACAGUUACCUGCUAAACUGAAUGAUGAUGGUUCAAGGUUUAUGUUUCGUAACCUUGUUAAUCUGAAUGGAGCUUUGUAUUUUUUUGGCAAGAAAACACAAGUAUACAAGGAAGGAAACUGGAGUUUUGUUAAUGAUUCAACUAUAAGUGAAGAAAAUUACUUCAAUAUGGUGGUUGCACCUCUAGCUUGUGAGAACUAACUAUAGUAACAAUAUGGAUAAAUGUUGACAACAUAUGAUGUAUGGACUACCGACUAGUUUGUGAUUUGGAUUUCAUUUCACCCUGGAUAUGCUAAUGGAAACAUAUAAUUAAUAGAUUUGGAAUCAAAUUUGUGAUAUUUCUAAUUUUUUUAUAUUUUAGUUUGGUUUUAUGCUUUGCACUGUGCACACUUAUAUUAUAAUAUAUAUUGGAAUUGUAAUUGGAAUUGGAAUUAGAAAUAAAUUUUAUACUUUUUAA